UGGAAAUCAAAAAUUAUAAGCACUCACUAUUUUAAAGUGUGUUUAUUUUUAUAUCAGCUCCAAUUCCUGAAGUCCAAGUUCAUUACCUUUCAUGUUGUAGGAACAAAAGCUUCUGAUAACAGUCAUUGUCUCAUUUUUCAGGAUGGUUUGAUAACAGCAGCUGAUAUCGCUUUCCACCCCUAACGAAGAAUAUUAAAUAAUUGAUGUUAUUUAAUUUUGUUGUGGUUGGGGAUUAAAGAAAACAAAAUAUGGAGGAGGGAAGCACAUCAGCUGUCAUUGAACAUCAUGAAUUGGAAGCCUUUGCUGGAGUCGAACCUAAGUUCGAUUUACAUCCAAAUCACAAUCGUGGAAGUUUUCUUUCUACUAUUUCUAUGACAUCUUGUGUUAUUUCUUAUUCACCAUCUGCCAAGUUUUUGUUGUAUGUUUUACUUCUGCUAACUUGCAUACCUUUGAUAGUGUGCGGUGCCUUCACGAGUAUAUUUAUUGAAGAUGGCAACUACAGCGCAGCUGUUGUAUCAUUCUUUGCAGCUUGCUUAUCUGUUGGUACUGCAUCACUGUUCGUGACUCACUUGCUAUCGAAACUUGAAAAAGUGCACGACACUGGUACUUUGGAAGGCUUAAAAAUCCUUGGCAUGAUAAUGAGUGUAUCUUCUGGAAUCUCACUUGGUGUAUUCACAAUAUUAGCAUUUUUCAAAAAACAAGCUUUUGAGCUUCAUGGGGAGAAUUAUUUUUCAUCAGCUGUUUUUGGUGGAAUAUGUUUAGUCGUGAGUAUUCAACUCUACCUGACAGCGCAGUGGUAUCAGAAUGCUUUGAAG